CAUGGCCCAUAUGGAUGACAAGAUAGGAGUUAAAUGCAAAAGCAGCAAACAAAUGGAGAACAGACUCAUCCGUGGAAUCAUCUUAAAAGCAAACCACAUAUCAGUGCUUUUGACGGGUAAAAAAAUGGAAAAUCCAUCCAGAACCACUGCAAGGAGCAAGAGCUCGUUCAGGUACUUUCAAUAUGAGGAAGACAGGGACUCGCCAGGAGAUGCUCGGAACGUUCUCAUGGUACGUAGUUGCCACGCUGAUUGCUGCAGUGAGCUUUCAAGCUGGGGUGAACCCUCCUGGGGGAGUUUGGCAGGAUGAUAAAGAUGGACACAAAGCUGGGAGGGCCAUUUAUGCAACUGAAAAAGAAGCUUAUUAUGUUUUCUUGAUUUCCAACACUUCGGCCCUUUCAGCUUCAGUCUUGGUCAUCAUGUACUUAACAUACAGGUUUCCUUUCCAUCCUAAAGUGUUGGUUGCCACGACGUCUAUGAUUGUAACAUAUGGGUCCGCUGUGUUCGCUGUCACUCCCAAGGAAUCCGUGAGGUUUCGCUAUAUUUUGAUCGCUGCUGUUGUUCCUUUUGCAAUGAGGCUUUUGAUCCGAGUGUUCGUCAAGUUUAGAAGCAAAUCAUGAACAGUUCAGGACGUUUUUUUUUUUUUUUUAUGUUCAGUACUCCAGGCUUUAUGAAGUAUAUUAUAUAUUCGUGUCUUCUCUCUAUGUUUGUGUUCUUGUUUGGAGGAGUUUAGUAGGAGUCCCGUGAUUAUCAAAUUAGUAUUAUAGCUAGUAUUGUUUAUGUCGAUUAGUCACUCGUAUCAUGUCCGUGUAACGUUUAAUAAAAUUUGAUUACAUGUAUCUUUCAGUAA